AUGUCCGUGACCUUCGCCCUCUUGCUCCUCCUGAGCCAGGCCACCUCAGACCCCUGCUACCACCCGGGGGGCCACCCCCGCUUCUGCCUCCCACCCGUGACCCAGCUGGCUGGCGUGGCGGCCUCCUGCCCCCAGGCCUGCACCCUCUCCACAGGGGCCGAGGGCACCUGUUCCUGCAACCAGCACGCCCGCCGCUGCAGGUUCAACUCGGAGCUGUUCAGGCUGUCGGGAGGCCGAAGUGGCGGUGUCUGCGAGCGAUGCCGCCACCACACGGCUGGGCAGCCCUGCCACUACUGCCAGCCAGGGUUCUGGAGGGACCCCGACCAGCCUAUCACCAGCCGUAAGGCCUGCAGGGCUUGCCAGUGCCACCCCAUCGGGGCGACGGGAGGCACCUGCAACCAGACCAGUGGGCAAUGUUCCUGCAAGAUAGGGGUCACCGGCCUGACGUGCAGCCGCUGUGGCCCUGGCUACCAGCAGAGCCGCUCCCCGCGGAUGCCCUGCCAGCGAAUCCCAGAGGCAACAACCACCCUGGCGACGACCUCCAGUGCUUACAGCUCCGACCCUCAGUGUCACAACUACUGCAAUGUCUCGGGCACCGGGGUACACAUGGGCCUGCGGAGGUUCUGCCAACAGGACUACGGUGAGUGA